AUUCGACACAACACAACUUCAUUCUUCGACCUUCCAUCGAAGGCGACGAUAAUCCAAGGGAUCGUGGUGGUCUGCAACUGCUUUUGUGCUCUUUGUAGGCUUGAAACAUUCGAGUCCGGUACAACCUUGGUGGCGUGUCGCUCUUGUCAUCAGGAUUGAGCACGAAAGUGGAUUUACUCAAGAGGAAGCAUAUCGGAGUCAUUCAAAUCUACAAGAAGCAAGCCAUCCAGACUUCGUUCUCAAGAUGCCUUAUCGCGUCGAAACCGCAAAAACUGGGCGGGCUGGAUGUUCAGUUAAGAGAUGCAAGGAUGCUGGUCUCAAGAUCGAGAAGGGCGAGCUUCGAUUCGGAAGUUGGGUUGAUGGUCCAAACUUUUCUGGUUGGUCAUGGAGACACUGGGGCUGUGUCACCGGACAGCAGCUUGAGAAUCUACGUGAUACUCUCGCAGAUCCCGACCACCCCGAUGGCUAUAAUUGGGAGCUGCUCGAUGGCUACGAGAGUGAUGAUCGGGACAGUCUUGUUCAUCAUCCUGAUCUACAAGACAAAGUUCGCCGCGUGAUCAUGCAAGGUUAUAUUGAUCCGGAGGACUUUAACGGCGACCCAGAAAUGAACGAACUUGGAAAGCGGGGUCUUUAUCUUGGGUCGGCACAGAAGAGAAAGAAGGAAGAAGAUGCAGCCAGAGCCGCAGCAGAGGGUGAAGAUUCCGAAGAUGCCAAGCCUGCAAAGAAGAAGCGUGCCACCAAAGCCAAGAAGGAAGUUGAUGAAGACGGCGAAGAGGUCAAGCCUGUUAAGAAACCUCGUGCUAAGAAGGCCAAGAAGGCCAAGAAAGAGGAAGAAAGUAAAUUGAGUGAAAGUGGGGAGGAGGACGUCACACCUGCUCCAGCCAAGAGGUCUCGUGCCAAGAAGACUGUUAAGCAAGAGGAUGAGCAGACAGGUGAGGGUAACGAGGAGGGUCUCAAACCCGCUCCGGCCAAUGAAUCUCGUGCGAAGAAGGCUGUCAAGCAAGAAGCUGAGCAAAUGAACGAAGGUGGUAAUAAAGAAGCCAAGCCUGCUCCAACCAAGAGAUCUCGUGCAAAGAAGGUCAGGAAGGAGGAGCAGAUGGAUGAGGGAGUGGAGGAGGAGGUCAAACCUGUUCCUGCCAAGAAGGUAAUCAAGCAGGAGGACGAGCACAUGGGUGAGGGUAAUGAGGAAGAAGCUAAGCCUACACCAGCCAAGAGAUCUCGUGCAAAGAAAGUCAAGCAAGAAGCAGGGGAGAACGGCGACGAGACUGGCGAAGUUGCUAAGGCCAAGCCUGCUGCAAAGAGAAGCCGCAAAGCGGUCAAGGAGGAGCCAUCCGAGGAUACACCCAUGACUGCUCCAGAAUCUUCCAACGCGGUCAUUGCCGAGGGAUCAGGUGCCAACACUACUCUUCCUGGAGAUCCCCAAGCAGCCGUUGCCGUCAAGGGCGAGCUCUUCGAGGAUGCCAAUUUGGCCAAUGUACCACAUAUCGAGGAACAAGCAUCCGAGCCUGCCACUACUAUGAAGGGUGAGCUCUCUGAGAAUGCCAACCUUGCCGAUGCACCAAACGUCAAGAAACAAGCACCAGAGGGUGGCUCUCAGGCAACUCAAGGAGCUGUGGAAGAGGAAACUGAAUCGCAAACGAAGAAGAAAGGUGGUCGUGGCAAGAAGGGCUCAGCUCGCAGCCGCACUGCUUCGAAAGCUUAAUUUCUUCAUUAUACUACUUUCACGUUAACUCAGUCGAUGUAUUCUUGCUUCUUGAACAGCGCUGGUGCUCAGCGUCAUAUACCUGGCCUUCUCGGAAGGCCUUCGAUGGAGGCGAAAAGCGAUUUGCAUUAGAUUUGAUUUGAUUUGGAUUGGUUUUCUUUGCUCUAUCUAUAGGGCGUAACAUGAAGUUGCUUGGGGCGGAAAUGAAUUGGUAUGAUCGUGGCAUGGGGGCUCGGUGGCGUUCUUAAUAAUACGUUAUGACCUUGCUCUACUCGUGUUUCUAGCACCUUGAGCCUAAUAUAAAACUUUGCACUAUACUCU